CUCUCGCGCCGGUGCUGGUAAAUAAAGGGAAAACAGACAUUUCGAAAUAAAGCGAGUUAAUCAUUGUCUGUCGGUGACACGCGCUUUCACGAAGAGGAAUAUAAAAAUAUGCACGAAUGCAGUUUUUAUUAGAAGUUCCCCGGAUUGCACAAUUUGAGCGAUUUUGGAGGCUAAACCGGGCACGUGCAUCAGGGCUGAUUUUUUUUUUUUUCUGUAAUAUGUAGUAUUACAAAUCUGCUGGUGUCGAUGUUGUGAAGUUGUCAAAGUGAACGUGCGCUUUUGACGCCCUGGAGAAAAGCGGAGUCUAUGUGUGGCGCGCGCUGAUUGCUCGGUAGGCGUCGGGCGCGCGCUCUGUCACCGGGCGGGCGGAGUUCCCGGCGCGUCGCGUGCUUCAAAGCGCAAGCUCGGAGAAAAAGCCGCGGGACUUUUCCGCCAGGCAGCAGUUCCAGUGCCAGUGCGCUCACGAGCCGGCCAGUGCGUACGCGACUCCCACGGACCAUCAACACGCGACUAUUUACAACCAGACUGACAAAAAAAAAAAAAAAGAAUAAUAAUGGAUGCGUUAAACGGCGGAUACUGAAUUUCCAAACAUUUUUCGGUGCCGUGCAGGAAAACGACCUGGGAAGAGGAUGAGCAGAAGAAUACACAUGCCAUAGACUCAUUCAACACGGACUGUUGGUGUAAAAACCCUCGUGCGCUUUUUUUUGUUUGUUUGUUUUUGUUUGUUACUUUUGUGUGUCGUCCUCGCAAUGCUGGUGCGCCGUAGCGGCCCGGUGGUGUGCGCUCGCGCUCCAAGGCGCGGACACAAGCGCGUGGACAGCGAGGAGACCGCAGCCAAAAGCCCGAGACUGAGCGAGUGUGUGGGGGGAGACACGGCUCUUUUCCUGGCCGCCUCUCCAGUGGCUCCUCGCAGCGGGAGCGCAGUGUCGGCGUGCGCGGCCGCGGGGCCGUCCCGCAUCGGCCAGUUCCUGCUCCUGCCCUCGGUGGACCCGUCCGCCACACACAGCGCGUGGGACAUGGACACCGGCGAGGAGCUCGUGUGCAAGGUGUUUGACAUGGGCCAGUACCAAGAGAAGAUCAGAGCUUACAGCGUGCUGGCAAGACACAGGAAUAUCGCUCAGAUCAAAGACAUUAUCCUCGGGGAACGCAAGGCCUAUGUGUUCCAAGAGAAGGACUAUGGCGACAUGCACACUUUUGUAAAGAGCUGCAAGCGUCUGCCUGAAGAGCAAGCCUCGAAGCUUUUUUUUCAGAUAGCCUCCGCAGUGGCCCAUUGCCACCAGAACGGCAUAGUGCUGGGAGACCUGAAACUCCGCAAGUUUGUGUUUGCAGAUGAGAAGAGGACCCAUUUAAAGCUAGGAGGCCUGGAGGACUGUCGGAUCCUGUCCAGUGAGGACGAUUCAGUUUCGGACACACACGGCUGCCCAGCUUACGUCAGUCCAGAAAUUCUGAGUGGUGGAGGCAGCUACUCAGGGAAGCGAGCGGAUGCCUGGAGCCUAGGCGUCAUGCUCUACACAAUGCUGGCAGGCCGCUACCCGUUCCAUGACUCAGACCCAGCCACGCUCUUCUCCAAGAUACGGCGUGGUGCCUACGGCCUGCCCGAGGGCCUCUCAGCACGGGCACGCUGCCUCGUGCGAAGCCUCCUGCGCAGGGAGCCCAGUGAGAGGCUGAGCGCCACCGACGUGCUCCUCCACCCAUGGUUCCGCGGUGGCUCCGAACACGAAAUCGACGAACAAGAAGUCAGCUCGACUGAGCAGAGAGUGCCUCAGGUGCACGUGGAGUUGAACGAGCAUCUCUUCUGCUGACAAAAACUUCUCAAUGGCUCUGAUUUGGACCAAAAUUUGAAGGUUUCUGUAAUUGGAGCAGCUCUUUUCCUGAUGAAACUACACCAUGGUUCAAAUUAAAAACUGAAUGGUUCUUUAAUUUAGAGCAGGAUAAGCAGCUAUUCUGCUGAUGAGAUCUCGCCAGGGGUUUGGCUUUGAGACAAAAACUCAGAUGUGCUCUUACGGGUUCUUAAAUUUUAGACUUCGGCACAGCCAUAAUUUACAGGCUCUCAAAUGUUAGUCCUCAAUGGUUUGGAUUUGGACCAAAAACUCUUUGACCCACCCUUAUGGAUCCUUAAAUUUUAGACUUGGGAACACUUGUUAAUGUUAAUUUAUGGGUUCUUUAAUGUGUAUGCACUUGUGUAUGCGCUCAAAGUGCCAUAUUGUCUAUGUUAGGCUAAGAGGCUUGAUGCACAUUGGUUGGCCUACAAUGAAGUGAUUUUGGUGCUAAUGACCUCCUUUAUCAUGCUGUAUGAAGUGAGCACUGAGGCAUGGAAAAUACAAGGCUGUCAUCAAGAUGACAAACCUCAGCUGAGUCCUGAGGACUCUAAACGUAUUAACUAAAGAGGGGGAAGGAACAUGAGCCUGAACUGUAGCUCUACUCACACUGUCCAAUACAGAGGAAUUCACUAACUCACUAGUUGAAUACAACAGCACCAAAAAAGAGCAUGGACUCAAAUAUAUAUCAAAAUUGAGGUGAAUGUGUGACAUCAUAACUCUCCAAAAGGUGUGAAAGGAGUGAAAUGAAAAGGCCAGUCUCUGACCUCUGGGCCUGACAAUGCUUUUGUGGGCAGUAGCUGACCAUUGCAACUACUAGUAUUGGAUUAAACCUUGUCUAAAGCAUAUCCCAGCUCUCACUGUCAUCAUUUCCUGUAUGAUCUUUGAACCACAUACUAAAAAAUAUGUGUUAAAAUGUGUUAAAAUAUUAUGUAAUGUUAUGUUAAACUGUAGCCAGUAAGCAAAUUUAUACUGCAGUAGUGUAAGACUAUUUAAAUGGAUAUUGAAGGACACUGAAGGACAUAAGUACCAUAUCCAUAGCAAAUGCAACAUUUCCUUACUUGAAUUAGUGAAACAUGGUGCUUUUAGCACAGCAGAAAGUUCAUGUGUAGUCUUGACAGAGAAGUGGAUUAAGCUGAAAUUAUUCUGUAUGACAUGGUUUUUUUUUUUGUUUGUUUUUUUUUUAAACUUUUGAUCUACUGUAAUCCAAGGUGACUAAUAAACCCAUAAUAGCUCAGCUGAAAGGAUAGAACCUAUUUUUGGAGGCUCUAAUGUUUCCUCCCCCUCUGUUGCGGGAAGUUGUACUGUAUGUUACCUCUGAGGCAAAGUGCCGGCUCAUAACAAUGUGGAGGUUGCAAAAUGACCUGUCCAUGCAUUGAGAGUGUUGACACGGGUGCGCAAAGUUCAUAUUGCACUGUGAAUUCUGUAUUUUGUGACACGACCUCAAGGUUAAACCAUGAGGCCCUAACGGAAAAUAUUAAUUGUAAAAGGACAAUGUGUAAAUAUGUACAUUGUAAGUGUGUGAACAGAUUGAAUAAAGAUGACCUUUUUCCAUA